AUGGAGAAGGUCAGAACUCCAAUUUUUUACACUGACCCAAGAUAUAUCCUUUAUAUUCACCUAGUUAUCAAUGACAUGAUUAUGCUUUUUGUAUCAGUCACUAUGCAAGUUGUUAUGUAUUCUGUACCACUUAUCAAUGUUACAAUAUGCUGUUUUCUCCUUCUUUUGGGCUUUGUAACCUCAGACAACACAGCACUGAAUCUUGCUGGAAUGGCCUUGGAACGUUACAUUGCCAUUUGCAAGCCACUGCAUUACUCUCAGCUCUGCACAGUGAGAAGAACCUACAUCUGCAUUAAUUUGAUAUGGCUUCUUUCUAUUGUAAUUGCACUUACAGACAUCAUAAUUGCUUUACUGAAACAACCCAUAGGUUUUUUCCUGACAUCAACUAUGUGCUAUAGCAAGAACAUUUAUAACUCUAAUGAGCACCUCAUCAAAGCAAUAUUUAAACAGUCAAUAUAUUUUACGAGUGUAUGGAUUACGCUAGUUUUUACUUACAUCAAGAUUUUUCAGGCAGCUAAUGCUGCAACUAUUGAUCAGAGUAAGGCAAGAAAAGCUCAGAACACUAUCCUACUACAUGGCAUACAGCUCCUUCUCUGUAUGCUUUCUUAUAUCACACCACUUAUGACAUAUUUUUUCUUAGAAUUGUUCCCUAAAUAUAGAAGUACAUUUAUGUUUAUCUUUUAUAUAAUAUCUAAUGUAAUUCCAAGACUACUCAGUCCUCUUAUUUAUGGAGUCCGUGAUCAAAAAAUGUUUAAAUAUGUCAGCAAAUUUUUGACAUUUAGGCAGUUUAGCACGUCUAAGACUUAGCAGUUUUAGUUUAUGUCAAGCCAAAUAAUAUAAUUUACCAUGAAAUAUCUUACUGUUGAGAUAAAGCCUACUGCUGAGAUAAAGCCCCUUAAGGGUUGUGGUAUAUGAUUGAAUUUUGGAAGUCUAACUACUGCUUACUAUAUAAUCAUAUUUAAUUGAAUUUGCAUAUAUGGCACUUGACCAAGUCUAGUUUGUAUAAAACAUGUAUAUAGCAGGUUUCUACUACAGAAUAAUAUGAUUUGUUUCUGAACA